ACUAACCCCUAUAGGAAGGAGCAGCAAGAAAAGAUGGCCGCCCAGGGAGAGAAAAGAGCGUGAGAAGCAAGCGAAGCUAAAGGCAAUCGCAAACGAGCAGGAGGCGAAGAUGAAGAGAUUGGAGGAGGAGAUGAAGAGAGUACAACAAGAGGAGGAAGAAAGAAGAAAAGUUGCUGAAGCAGAAGUGACAGCAAAAGAAGAGAAAGAGAGAAUGAGGAUUGAGAGUGGAGAAGGAAGCAGUGGUGGAAUGAUGAAGAGGGAGACAGAUAUUGAGAUGGAGAAAAAGAUUAGCGACUGGGUCGCUAAUUUAUCGUUGGGUGAAGAGGAGGAGGCAGCGUCCUAUGUAACUGAGGAUGAGAGGGUUGCGCUAGCCAAUGAGCUAGCAACAAUGACAGAUCCUAUGGAAAGGCGAGAAAGGGAGGAGGAGCAGAAAUUGGCAUGGAAGUUAAGGAUGAAGCGAGAGAAGAAGAGGAGGAGAGAGGAAGUGAGUAGAAUGACUGCAGAGGUAGCGAAGGUGCAAGCGUGCAGGCAGGAGGUGUUGGCCCAGCUGGAUGAUAAGGCCAAGUGGGACAAGGUACGGGGGUACCUGGAAGUGUUGAGCAAGGCCUGGAUGGAAGAGAGUCAGGCUAGCUGGAGCCAAGAUGUAGCCUCGAGUGCCAUGCGGUCAGGGUUUAGAGACUUUGCGCACGAGAUCGUCACCCACAUUGGGGGCGAAGUCAAGCAGUUGAGAGACAACGUAGGGAAGUUUUGUGAGGGCGCCAUUCAGGGUGCCAAAGCUGUAGCCGCUGUAGAGGGAGAGGCCAGACCCCGUAAGGACCCAGUGAAACUUAAGUUCCCAGAUGCGUACGGGGGAAAGAAGGAAGAAAACUUUGACARCUGGGAAGCCRGUGUCAAUAGUUAUAUUUACUUACAGCACAUCCUGAUUGAGGAACAAGUCCUCGUGGCCUUCCAGGCCCUCAAAGAUGAAGCGGCUAGUUUCGCCAGGUCUCUUGCGCGUACAGCCGGUUGUGAAAACAACCUGGUUGCAUAUUCCAAAGUCACCCCUCUUUCCCAAUUCCUCAAGCUCCUCAAGGAGCGUUUCGCUGACCCAACGCGAGGCAUUAGAGCCUCUGACAAGCUGCAAACGAUCCACUCACGGCAGUGGAGGAGUGCUAGGGCACUCAAGGGUACCAUGGACGACUUAGUGGCCGUCCUGGACCAUGGGGUCACUGAGACCUAGUUGGUCCAAUUGUUUUAUCGUGCCAUACCCGAGGCCCUGCGCGGGCAUUUCUUUGACAAG